AUGAUGGAUUUUGAAUAUACACCAUAUGGUGGUACCACGGCUCCAUCAACAAUGAAUCAACAAGAAAUGGAUCAUUACUUUGGAGGAUCAUAUGGUGGUGGAGUUUCUAGUAUUAGUCGACGUGAAAUUAUUGAACAUUUUGCAGAAUUUCGUCGAGCUAUUCAUGAAGGACCUGUUUCACUUGUUCAACAUUAUUAUAAUACAAAUUAUGCAACAAUGAUGCAAAAUUAUAGUGCAGAAUGGCCGUCAGCUGAAGCAUUGAGAGAACACGUUGGAGAUGAUCCAUUAUUUCUUACUUUAUACAAAGAAAUGUACUUUCGACAUAUUUAUGCAUCAAAACCGGGUGGUGUUUCAUUAGAAGAACGACAAGAAUCUUAUGUGAAUUAUAUUGAUCUAUUUAAUUUGGUUUUAGCUAAAGAACAACCAUUGAAAAUUGAAUUACCCGAUCAAUGGUUAUGGGAUAUAAUCGAAGAAUUUAUUUAUCAAUUUCAAUCAUUUUGUAAUUUUCGUACAAAAUUAGCUAAACGAACUGAUGAUGAUAUUGAACAAUUAAAACGAAAUAUAAAAAUUUGGAAUGUUCAUGCUGUACUUAAUGUUAUGCAUAGUCUUGUUGAUAAAUCACGAAUUGUUGAACAAUUAGAGGCAACAAAAAAAGGAGUAUCAUUCAAUCCUGGUAGUGAUUUAUUUUGUCAAACAAAUCUUUAUAAAAUGUUUGGAUAUUUUAGUUUAAUUGGUUUAUUAAAAUUACAUACAUUAACAAGUGAUUAUUAUAUGGCAUUAAAAACAAUUGAAUGUAUUGAUUUAGAUGUUACAAAACAGAAUGAUGUUUGUCAAGUAUUUCAUUGUAUUGUAGCAACAAAUUAUCAUGCAGGUUUUUGUUAUACAAUGAUGAGAAAUUAUGAAGAUGCUAUAAGAGUUUUUGUUGAUACAUUACUUUAUAUUCAACGUAGUAAACCAAUUAUAGUUGCUCAAACAUUUCAAAAUGAUGCAGUUAAUAAAACAGCUGAUCAAAUGAUGACAUUACUUGCUAUUUGUUUGACAUUAAAUCCAAUGCGUAUUGAUGAAACAAUUUAUUUACAUUUAAGAGAAAAAUUUCUUGAUAAAUUACCUAAACCAUUACUUUGGGUUGGACCAGAUGGAAAAUUACCAUUUCGAGAUAGUUUUGCAUAUGCUUGUCCAAAAUUUAUUAGUCCUGCACCAACAAUUUUUGAACAACGUAAUGAUACACAAUGGGCGGAACCAUUCAAUCGACAAAUAGAAGUAUUUACUGAAGAACUUCAAGAACAAGCAUAUAUUCCUGAUGUUCGAAGUUAUUUAAAAUUAUAUACAACAAUGAAUAUUGAAAAAUUAGCAACAUUUAUGGAAAAAACACCGCAAGAAGUUAAACCAAUAUUAUUAACAUUUAAACAUAAAUUAAGUGGUAAUGAUGCAACACAAAAAACAGAAGAAGAUUUUCAAUCAUCAGCUGAUAUUGAUUUUUAUAUAGAUAAAGAAAUCAUUUAUAUUGCUGAUACAAAAAUAACACGACGUUAUAGUGAUUAUCUUGUUAAACAAAUUCUUAAAUAUGAAGAAUUAACACGAUCGAUCGUUGAAGCUCUCAGUCCACAGCAUGGUGGCAUAUUUUUCUAUAAUUCACAUUGCUACGAUACCAACAACGAAAUACAACAUUCAGGUCAAAUUUCAUUAUAUAGUAUAAUGAAAUACAAAUUACUAUCAUUGAUUAUAUUUAUUUGUUUUAAAUAUAUUUCAACCAAAUGUAUUUGGUAUGAAGGUAUACGUGAUGGUUUUAAUCAAGUUUAUCGAAAUGGUCAACCAAAACCAUUACCAUUAACAGACAUUAGUCUUUUAAAUGAAAUGUGUCCACAUAUUCCAACUACUGAAGGUGUUUCACCUCUUUUAUGUUGUGAUCGAAAACAAUUAACUGAAAUACAAAAAUUUAAAUAUAUUGUUGAUAAUUUAAUUGGUCGAUGUCCAUCAUGUUAUUUUAAUUUUUUACGUAUUUUUUGUGAAAUGUCUUGUAAUCCAGAUCAUGAUCAAUUUAUAUGGCCAUUAGAAAUUUUCAAUAUAACUCGACCUAAUAAUGAAGAAGUUUCUAUUAAAGGUAAUGAAGAUGAAGUUAUAAGAAAAGAUUGGGCUUUAACUGAUUAUGUUGAUCCUGAAGAAGAACAAGAACAUGAUGCAGAUAAAGCUACAUCAAAAGUUGUUACAAAACCUAUUGAAACAGUUGAAGUUAUUAAAAAACUACGAUAUUUUAUAUCAGAAGAACAAGCGAAUGAUUUUAUUAAUUCAUGCUGGAGUGUUCGUAUUAAUUUUCAAUAUGCUGUCGAUGUUUUAUGUGGUUCAUUAAAUCGUGCAUGUGAUGUUAAAAAAUUAUUUCAAUAUAUUGGUUUAAAAAAUGCUCAAUCACCAAUUAAAAUUGAUUUUAUUUUUGUUAAUGGUACAUAUUAUGAUAAAGAAAUAAAACGUACAUUUCAACCAUCAAAAGCAAAAAUGUUUGCUUGUGAUCAACCAGUUGUAUUACCACAUUUAUCAAGAGAAAAAUGUACAUGUAUGGAUUGUAAUGCUAUGUGUCCAAAAAUAAAUCAUACAAAAAAAGAAAGUUUUAUUUCAAAAAAUGGUACAUUCAUAGAAAAAUUUAAAGAAAAAAUAUAUAAGCUUCAUAUUAUAACAAUUAUUGCUAUUGGACUUUAUAGUGUAUUUGUUAUUAUAUUUAUUUUUGCAUGUCUAUAUGAAUGUAUACCGAAUUUGAAACGUAAUAAAAAAAGUUCUCUUGUUGAAAAUAUACGAAAUGAUAAAACAGAUGAAAUCGAAGGUGAAAAAAAGAAUCUCAAUGGAGGUCCUAUUAAAGAUGAAUCUGAUUCUGAAGCAUCAUUUAGUGAACAACAAGGUGGUUUCUUAGAUAACAUAGGAAUGAAAAUUGAUGAUGGAUUACAUCAUAUAUUUACUGUUAUUGGUCGAUUCUGUGCUUACAAUCCAAGAUAUACAAUUAUACCUGUAUUAACUAUAAUAUUCGUUUUAUGUUUUGGUAGUCGUUAUUAUACAGUAACUACAGAUCCAGUAGAUCUUUGGGUAGCAUCAAAUUCUCGAGCACGUCAAGAAAAAGCAUAUUUCGAUGAAAAAUUUGGACCAUUUUAUCGUAUUGCACAUUUAAUACUUGUACCAAAAAAUAAAAAAAAUAUUAGUCUUCUAUAUAAAACUCCAUUGGAAGCUGAAGAAAAAUAUACAUUUGGACCUGUAUUUGAACGAAAUUUUCUUCUUGAUGCAUUACGUUUACAAUUAUUUGUUGAAAAUUUUAAUGUAACAGCUGCAUCUGGUAAAACAAUUUAUUUAAAUAAUACAUGUUAUAAACCACUUGAACCUGAUAAUAAUAAUUGUGCUAUAUUAUCAUUAUUUCAAUAUCAUCAAAAUAAUUUAACAUUUCUUUCACAAGAACGUUUAUAUCCAUCACAAUAUCUUGAAUGUAUUCAAGCACCAUUAACACAACAAACAAAAUCAUUUCAACGUACAUGUAUGGGUAAAUUUGGUGGUCCUAUUGAUCCUUAUAUGGUACUUGGUGCCUUUCCAUCACAUGAUGGUGUACCAGAUUAUGCUAAAGCUCAAGCACUUAUUAUAACAAUAAUAAUAAAUAAUCAACGUAAAAAUAAAGAAAAUGUAAAUGAACAACUUGAAGAUACACUUUUAUGGGAACAACAUUUUUUACAAUAUAUGAAAACAUAUAAUUCAAAAUGGUUUGAUGUUAAAUAUCGUGCUGAACGAUCAAUUGAAGAUGAAAUUGAACGUGAAUCAAAAUCAGAUAUAAAAACAGUUCUUAUAUCAUAUUUAAUUAUGUUUCUUUAUAUUGCUAUUGCAUUAGGUCGAAUAAGAAAUAUUCGACAUCUUUUUGUUGAUAUGAAAGUUUCAUUAGGUAUUGCCGGUGUUGCACUCGUUACUCUUAGUGUAUGGGCUAGUGUUGGAAUUUUUUCAUAUAUGAAAAUUCCAACAACAUUGAUUAUAUUUGAAGUUAUACCAUUUCUUGUAUUAGCUGUUGGUGUUGAUAAUAUAUUUAUAUUAACUCAAUCAAUUCAACGUGAUCAACGUUUACUCAAUGAAGAUGUUGAAUCACAAAUAGGUCGUAUUGUUGGUCGUGUAGGUCCAGCUAUGUUAUUAACAUCUGUAUCUGAAAGUAUUGCAUUUUUUCUCGGUGCAUUAACACCUAUGCCAGCUGUUCGUUUAUUCAGUUUAUAUGCAGCUGUAUCUGUUUUAAUUGAUUUUUUUCUUCAAAUAACAAUAUUUGUUACAUUUAUUACACUUGAUCAUAAACGAACAAUUGAAAAUCGUAUUGAUGUUUUUUGUUGUUUACAAAUUUCACGUGAUAAAACAAAUAGUCAACCUCGUUGUUUAAGUUUACCACGAGUUAGUUGGUUUAAACCAAAGAUAAGUAAAAAAAGACCUUCUAUAUCAAAUAAUCAAAGUCCAUUACAAACACCAUUAGGAUCAAUAAAAUCUGAUGAAACAAAUAAAAAUAUAUUUCGUCAAUCAUCAAAAAUAGAACCAUGUGAAGAACAUUUAAUGGAAAUGGAUGGAUUUUUAUUUAGUUUAUUUAAAAAAUAUUAUGCACCAUUUAUAAUGAAUUGUUAUGUACGACCAACAGUUAUAUUUAUAUUUUUUACAUGGCUUGCAUUAAGUAUUGCUUUAUUACCAUAUGUUAAAGUUGGUUUAGAACAAAAUAUAACAAUGGCAAAAGAUUCAUAUAUGAUUGAUUAUUUUUCAGCAUUAAAAGAAUAUUUUGCUGUUGGACCACCUGUCUAUUUCGUUAUUACACAAGGUAUUGAUUAUAGUAAUAUAAAUGCAAGUAAUAUGAUAUGUGCAAGUGCGGGUUGUUCAUCGAAAUCAAUGGCAAAUCAAUUAGGUAUUGCAUCGUUACGUCCAUCUGAAACACGUAUUGCACAAAUAGGUACAACAUGGCUUGAUGAUUAUUAUGAUUGGUUACGUCAUCGUGGUUCAACACCAUGUUGUCGUUUACAUGAAACAACAGGAGGUUUUUGUUCAACAAAUGCACCAUUAAAUGCAAAUUGUCAUCCUUGUACACGUAGUACAACACGUGAAGCUUUAACACAUUAUGAAUUUACAACAUUUUUACCAUAUUUUUUGAAAGAUAAUCCAAAUUAUAAAUGUGCCAAAGGUGGUCAUGCUGCACAUGGUAAUAGUGUAGCAUUAUCAGACGAAGAUAAAACUGUAGAAACAAGUUUAAUUAUGGGUUAUCAUAGUCUUUUAAUAAGUUCAGGUGAUUUUAUAGAAGCAAUGAAACAAGCAUAUAUUCUAACAGAUACUAUCACACGAACAUUACAAACAGCUGGUUAUGAUGUGAAAGUUUUUCCAUACAGUAUAUUUUAUGUAUUUUAUGAACAAUAUUUAACUAUUUGGCAUGAUGUAUUUAUGAAUUUAUCUAUAUCAGCAGCAGCUAUUUUUGUUGCUACAUUUAUUUUACUUGGUUUUGAUAUAAUGUCAGCAUUUAUUAUAACAUUAACUAUUGCUAUGAUAACUUGUGAUAUGAUAGCCAUGAUGUAUAUAUGGAAUAUUGAAAUGAAUGCUAUUUCACUUGUCAAUCUGGUUAUGUCAGUUGGCAUAUCACUUGAAUUUUGUGCUCAUAUAUGUCGUGAUUUUAUUUUAUCAGCUAAAGGUUCACGUUUAAAACGAGCUGAAAAAGCACUUGCAUAUAUGGGUAGUUCAGUUUUUAGCGGUAUAACAUUAACAAAAAUUGGCGGCAUUGUUGUACUUGGCUUUUCACAUUCUCAACUUUUUCAUAUAUUUUAUUUUCGCAUGUUUAUUUGCAUUGUUUCAUUCGGUGCUGCUCAUGGCCUAAUAUUUUUGCCUGUUUUACUCAGCUAUAUUGGCCCAAGUCCUAAUCAUAUACGUAAAACUCGUAUACAUCGUUCAAGAUCAAUGAGAAAAUCACAUCCAUUACAAGCGAUGUCAACUGAAAUGUCCUAA